UUGCUGGGCACACGUGUUCUGUAUCGGCCUGCUGCCAUAGCUGCUCCUACGCUCUACUCGGAGACACCAUGCCCACUUUUGAGCUCUUUACCAACGUGGCCCGGGAUGCCAUCCCUGAAAAUCUCCUCUGCAGCCUGACUGAGCAACUGGCUAAGGCGACAGGCAAGCCUUCUGAGUACAUCGCUGUGCACAUCAUGCCCGAUCAGAUGAUGAGCUUUGGGGGCACCACAGAACCCUGUGCCCUCUGCAGCCUGAAGAGCAUUGGCAAGAUUGGAGGUCCACAAAACAAAAAUUACACUACUCUGCUGAGUGAUAUUUUGUCCAAGCAAUUGCAUAUCUCUGCUAACAGGGUUUACUUCAAUUUUGUGGACUUGAAUCCAAGUAAUGUGGGCUGGAACAAAACGACCUUUGCCUAACCAUGCCCUUAGUGCUCGAUGGCCAGCAGAUGAACUGAGAACCACAGCAGUAUAAUGUGAUUUACCUGUGUAUUACAUUCCAUACUAAAUAAACUUGGUAACUAAAAGGUCA